CUCAUGACUUCAGCCAGUGUCUCGCGGGUGUGACGUCACGUGGUUUCUCUUCCAUUACUGGUUUUGGUUUAGCGAGAGGAGACCACAUAGCUAACUAGCUUAAUUUUAUUUUCAGCUAAAAGCAGAUAUUUCAAGUUAACCCGCAGAGUUAUCGCGACUGAUUCAACACUAAACAUUUGUCACCGCCUAUUUCUUCCGACGUCGUUGUCGCCGCUACCGGAGAAAGCAGAGCAGAGCCAUGUACAAUGGCAUUGGUCUGACCACUCCGCGGGGCAGCGGCACCAAUGGCUAUGUGCAGCGCAACUUGUCAAGCCUGCGUGCCAAGCGUCCACGGGAUGAGCGUGGUGGCGAGCGGGACGAGAAGGACCGGGAGAGGCUAGAGAGCCAGCUCAACCGGCAGCCCAAUGCCGACAUCCUGGAGCACCAGAGGAAGAGGCAGCUGGAGGUCAAGUGUGCUGAGCUCCAAGACAUGAUGGAGGAGCAAGGGUACUCUGCUGAGGAGAUUGAGGAGAAGGUGAACAGUUUCCGACUGAUGCUGCAGGAGAAGCAGGAGCCGCUGCCAGUCACAACCGAGAAGUCAACGGUGACGGAGACUCACGCUCUGGCUGCAGCCAACCAGCAGAAGAAUGACCGGCUUCGCGCUGCCUUUGGCAUUGCCACCGACUACGUGGAUGGAUCGUCCUUCCACCCUGACCGCAAGGAGAGGGAGAAGGAGAAGAGAGAGCAGGAGCGCCUGGAGAGGGAGAAGCAGCAGCAGCAGCAGCAGCAGAAAUAUGUGUUGGUGGAAGAAUCAGAUGAUUCAGAUUCCCCUCCGAGGAAACAGAGUCGGAAAAAGAAAAAGAAAAACAAGAGCAGAGACAGUUCAGAGAGUCCCUCCCCAUCUCCUCACCGAGAAAAAAAGAAGUCCAAAAAGAAGAAAAAGAAACGGGAGGCAUCAGAGGACGAGGAUGACAAGGGGAGCUCUUCAGAUGAGAAGCACAGGCAGUCCAAGUGGAAACGCAAGAGACAGAGUGACAGCAUGACUCCUCCAAAAGCUAAGGCUAGGCGGCACAGGAGUGCCUCUUCCAGCUCUGCUCACAGCCAGUCUCCUGCCCCACUGAGAUCACGGCAACAGGACCAGGCAGCGAGGAGAACGGAUGAGGGCAGGAAGGGAAGAUCCCCUGACAAAAGGAAGCGGGGACAUGAGGAGCACAGCCCACAUCGGCAGGAUGGCAGAGGGAAAUCUCCAAGGCCGCACAGUUCCCCUGAACGUCAGCAGAGGGCCAACCAGGAGAGACAAAGAGAGCAGAUGAGGGAGAAUGACAAAGACAAGAUCUACAAGAGGAGACAUGACUCUUCAUCCCCCUCUCCAGCUCCACAGCCAGAGAAAGGCAGACAUUCAAGGAGCAGGGAGAGAGAAAAAGAGAGGCUUUCAAGAAGCAAUCAGAAGGAGAGGGAGAAGGAGAGACGUUCAAGAAGCAGAGAAAUGGAGAGGGAGAAAGGGAGGCGUUCAAGAAGUCGAGAAGAGAGAGAGAAAGGGAGGCGUUCAAGAAGCAGAGAAAUGGAGAGGGAGAAAGGGAGGCAGUCAAGAAGCAGAGAAAUGGAGAGGGAGAAAGGGAGGCGGUCAAGAAGUCGAGAAGAGAGGGAGAAAGGGAGGCGGUCAAGAAGUCGAGAAGAGAGGGAGAAGGGGAGGCGGUCAAGAAGUCGAGAAGAGAGAGAGAAAGGGAGGCGGUCAAGAAGCAGAGAAAUGGAGAGGGAGAAAGGGAGGCGGUCAAGAAGCAGAGAAAUGGAGAGGGAGAAAGGGAGGCGGUCAAGAAGCAGAGAGGAGAGGGAGAAAAGGAGGCGCUCAAGAAGCAGAGAGGUUGAGAGGGAGAAAGGGAGGCGCUCCAGAAGCAAAGAGAUUGAGAGGGAGAGAGGGAGACGUUCAAGAAGCAGAGAGGAGAGGGAGAAAGUCAAAGCAAAGGAGAGAGUCCCACAAAGGACCAGACAUGACUCCUCCUCGUCUCCAUCUCCAUCUCCUUCUCCUCCGCCUCCUAAAAAGGAUACCAGAAAGGCCAAAAGUAGAGAAAUGGAACGGGACUCGGACAAGAAGAAGUGGGACAAAAAGUCAAGACAUGACUCCUCAUCACCCUCACCACCACCAGAAAAAGAGAGGGCAAGGAGAGAGAGGAGUGGAGAAAGAGAGCGCAGGAUGGAUAGAGAUCCACAGCCAAGGAUGCCAAAUGACAGAGAUAACAGGAAUGAGACUGGGAGGGGACGGGAGAGAGAAGUGUCUCCUCAUCGACAGAAAAAUGACAGAGGGAGGGCUGGGCACCCAUCCCGUGAUUCCUCAUCACCUGCCCCUUGCUCACCUCUCACCAGUGGGCCUCAGAGAGAGAGGGACGAUGAAAGCAGAAGAGAAAGGGCAAAGGAUCAGGAGGGGAGGUCUAGGGAGAGGGAGAGGGAUCUGAAUAGGGAGAAUAGAAAGGAGAGGGAACAGGAGAGAGACCAAAGCCAAGAAACUGGAAAAAAGAGAGGUGAAGUGAGGUCUAGCCGACAGUCUUCUGCUGCUCAACAGCCACCCUCCCGAUCCUCAGAUGAGCAUAGAUCGGAAAGGAAUUGUGAAGCAGAACAGAGGACAGACCGAUAUGAGAAAGGGGGGAAACAAAAGACCAGAGACAAACAAGAGCCGGGAAAAGGAACAAAGCCCUCCACGGAAGGACAGACGAGAGGAACAGGAGAAACAAGCCAAGAAAGGAAGAGAGGGCAGCAGCAACAGCAGUAUAGUAGCAGCAGCAGCAGUGACAGCGACAGUGACAGCUCCUCCUCCUCCUCUUCAUCCUCCUCAGACUCUUCAUCUUCAUCCUCAUCCUCUGAAGAUGAGGGCAAGGCAAAGAAGGCUGGCUCGGCAGGAAAAGAAAAAGGUAGCCCAGUAAAAAGCGCGCCACCUGCUGUUGGUGCCCCUGUUCAUAGGUAUUUAGCUAAUGGUGCAAGAGAAAGUUCUGCCUCCGAGAGUGCCUCUGAUGGACAAAGACAAGGCUUGAAGGACAGAGCGGGAGAACGGCGUACACCAUCAGACAGGAUAGGACCUCCUCACAGAGUUCCUGCAGAGGACUAUGGCCCUCGAUCAAGAGGGCAGGAGCGUUACAGCCCCACACAGGUGGACAGCCCCAGUCCACCUCCCUCCCCACCCACCAAAGCAGCCACCAGUAGAGGCAGCAAUCGGUACUCCCCGACCAGCUCUGAGAGUAGGCGAGGCAGGGAGAAAGAGCAGAACAGGAAGUCCAGUCCCUCAGCUCAGAUGCAGAGGUUGCACUCCCCUUCGCCAAAAACCUACGCCUCAUCCCCGGCCCGUCGCACUCCACCACGUCAGUACCAGGACCUACCUUCCCGAUCGAGGAGAGACUCCCCUCCACCGGUCUGGUCAAAUCGGGAGAGGGAAAGGCAGAGGGAGAGAGAGAAGGAGAGGGAUAGAGACAGAGAGAGGGAGAGGGAGAGGGAGAAGGAGAGAGAGAGGAGCAGAGGAGGGAGGGAUAGAGAGCGAGAUCGGCCAGCCAGACGAAGCAGGUCCAGGUCUAGAAGCCCAAGGAGGCGUAGCCCCCCCAGCAGGUCCUGCCGCUCUCCCUCACCACAGCGGCGAAGGAGGAGUAGCUGCUCCCUCUCCCGAGAAAGAGAGAAUGAAAGAGAAAGAGAGAGGAACAGACAGCGGGAGCUGGAGAAAGAGAGAGAGCGGGAAAGGGAAAAGGAGCGGCAGCAUAGAAAAGAUGCCCCCCCACCUCGCCGCCCCUCUUCCUCUUCUUCCAGCUCCUCCUCCUCUUCCCCCUUGCCUUCACCACCCCAGGAGAGGAAAGAUAUGAAAUCGAUGGAGAAAGACCAGAAAGAUCGGAAAACAGAGCGAGAGGACAGAGAGGUGGACAGAAGGAGGAAAAGUCGAUUGUCUCCAUCGCCAAUCCCCUCCAGAGACUCCAUCCGUGUCCCGGCUUCAGAGAGCAGAGGCUCCCACUCAGAGAGCAGACACUCUGAUCCUCUCGCUGGAAGGUUGCCUGCUGACCACCCACCAGAACCCAGGGAGUCCACAAGAGUUCCAUCAAGCAGCCAGCCGCAACCUGCGGCCCCACGACCUUCAGACCACACAUUCAGGAGUGAAAACACAGUCAAUGGGAAGGAAGCAAAGGACGACAAGAAAGGCAAGAGGAGUAGCAGCUCCAGCUCCUCCUCCUCAUCAUCAUCAUCCUCUUCUUCCUCCUCAUCUUCAUCCUCCUCAUCAGACAGCUCUGACUCUGAGGCAGAGCAAGGAAAGGGAAAGACAGAUAAAGCCAAGAAUUCGUCCUCGUCAUCUUCCUCAUCCGAAAGUGAAAAGGAAACAAAGAAGAAAAGCCCGCCCAGACGUCAGAGGGUGCCAGCUGAUUCGCUAAGAGAUUCUCGCUCACUCAGCUAUUCUCCUCCAAGACACAGAAGAGCAGCACAUUCCCCGCCCACCCGCAGGAGUGGCAGUCGGCAGUCCCCAAGUCGCUCACCCAGCAGCAGGCGAAGGAAAUGAGCUGACAACUUGUGACGCUUCACGUCUGUGUCGUCUCCCUUCACACCUUUGCCUGGUCUGAACUGGAUUGUACCAUGGACUUCAGAGCCAAUGGUCAAAUUAGAUACAGAUCUGUGAAUGCGAAGGGAACAUGUUUUUGUUUCUGAGCUGCCACAGAUAAAUCAGCAAAUCUUGUAACCAGCAGAGACUGGGAGGUCACCUUUACAAAGCCGGCUUGAAAUAUUUCUUUAAAUGAGCUGAAGAGAAAACUGUAGGGGAAGCAGGCCAAUAGCAAGGCGACAUUAGCACUGAUAGGUGCAACAGUUGAACCACAACCCCCCUUCUCACACACACACACACACACACACACACACACACACAACACACAGUAAUAUAAAAUCAACCUUAAUCCAGAGAAUAUUCUCUUGACUUUACUCUGUCCUCUGUACUUGUACCGUCUGUUGCGUUCUAAAUGUAGAUAUGAGCCGUCUGUAUUUUGGUUAUUAUCACUGAACAGAUAUGCGAUUUCCAUUUAAUGUGAUUAGGAACUGCAACAUGUUGGUUAUUUCUUUGUUGAAAAUGAUUAAUGAUAAUAAAAGCAGCUGUACAUUUUA